CCCCAUUUCCCCCGGGGUCCAAGCCGUGACUCCGGUUCUGAGCUCGGGCCGGGGGCAGCGGAGGGAACACGGGUGAGGACCUCGGGUGACGCGCAGGCUUCUGGGUUGGAUAACCGGGUAGAUGGUGGCACCUGUGAUCGCUUAACGGUUGGCUUCGUCUUUGUAGUGAAGGCGCUCUAAAGCAGGGCCCUGCUGCCUUGCUGACCCCGGGCCACCUAGCACAGGGCAAGGCACAUGGAGUGGCCCAGUAGGUAUUUACUGCAGUCGAUAGAAGUGAGGAUUACAUGUGUGUUGGGAGCAGGGACAAGGGAGGAGGGAGUGUUCACUUUUGGAUAUGUUGGUGAGGUGAUGACAUCCAGGGGAGGCAUCAGUGGGCACCUGGGCAGAGGCGGAUGAAGCCCAGGAGCCAAGGAUGUGGCACAUGGAGCAAUGGGCCUGGGCGAGCUGGUCCAAGGUGUGCAUGGAUGGGGACAGGUGAGGGGGAGCUGGAGCCCAGAGAGGUGGAGGGACAGCAGAGCCUGGUGUCACAGAAACCACAGGAGGCUAUCCCAGGAGGGAAUGUCUGCGGGUUGGGGGAACGGGGCCUUCAGAGAAUCAGGAGACACCUGGCGAGGAGGGAUUGUAGGGACAGAUGCUGGCUGGGAGGAGUGGUUCGGGCAGCAGGGUCCACUGUAAUUGGAGAUAACAGGAAAAACAGAUGAAUGCCAACCCCUCAGGGGCCAAGAAAUCUCAGGGGAGAGCAGGACAGGUGACAAACCUGGGAGGGGUUGUUUCAAGUUGGCGAGGUGUCCGUUUCACAGUGCUGAUAGGAAGGUGCUGCAGCAGAGGACAGAGACACAAAGGAGGGGAGUUGAGGGUGCCAGGCAGAGAAGGAGAAGGGGGUGAGGACCUAGGCAGCCCUGGGACUGCCCUUAGGGUGGGCCCCUCCAUCGGUGGUGGCCUGUUUUCUUGCCUAGUGCGGGGAGGCUGACAGCAUUCUGACUAAAAUGAGAUUCUCUGUGAGGUAGGAGGGGAGGGAAGAGGGCUUCAGUCAGUGCUUAGAAGAUGCAGGGAGACCCCACCCCACACCACGGUCAGGUGGUACUAGGUCCCCACUGGAGUGGGAGAAGGCAGUUCAGUCAUGCACAUCACGUGGCUGCUACUACCCUCAUCACAUUUAGUCCUCACAACACCCCUGUGAGGUAGGUAUUAUUGCCCCAUCUUACAGAUGAGGAAACUGAGGCUCACACAUGCCAGGGGCACACAGUCAACAGGGAGGUCUGCAAUCCCUAUGCUGGGAUUCCCUUACUCAACCAUGCCUGACCCAGGAUGGUCAGAAUUCUACUACAGUAGCAAAAAGAGCUCCUACAGGGAAAUCAACACCCAGAAAAGCCUCACGGAGUCAGCAUCUCCCUGUCCCUGUCGUUUUGGUUCAAGAGCAUUUGGGGGACACUCCUGGCUAAGUGGUUCUUUCUGACAUUUUCGAGAGGAAGCAAAAGCUAUCAGCAGGGCUCCACGUCAGCACCAGCUGUGGGGCAAAAUGGAGGCGCUGAUUUUGGAACCCUCCCUGUAUACUGUCAAAGCCAUCCUGAUGCUGGACAAUGAUGGAGAUCGACUUUUUGCCAAGUACUAUUACGACACCUACCCCAGUAUCAAGGAGCAAAAGGCCUUUGAGAAGAACAUUUUCAACAAGACCCACCGGACUGACAGUGAAAUUGCCCUCUUGGAAAGCCUGACAGUGGUAUACAAAAGCAGCAUCGAUCUCUAUUUCUAUGUGAUCUGCAGCUCUUGUGAAAAUGAGCUGAUGCUCGUGGCUGUUCUGAAUUGCCUCUUUGACUCCUUGAGCCAGACGCUGAGAAAAAAUGUAGAAAAGCGAGCUCUGCUGGAGAACAUGGAGGGGCUCUUCUUGGCUGUGGAUGAAAUCGUAGACGGAGGGGUGAUCCUGGAGAGCGAUCCCCAGCAAGUGAUACACUGGGUGGCAUUAAGGGGAGAAGAUGUACCCCUUACAGAGCAGACCGUGUCUCAGGUGCUGCAGUCAGCCAAAGAACAGAUCAAGUGGUCACUCCUUUGGUGAAGACCCCACUGUUCCUGGCUCCUCACUCCCUCAAAAAAUCCACAUGUCUGCUGUAACUUCUCAUCCAGCCCCACAAAUGAUGCUCUCAGGGUCAUCUCGGGGAUAACAGGGAUCCUUAAAUCUCCAUCCUUUCUGUGGUUGCCCCCUCGCAAACCCGUAUACGCUUCCCGUUCCUUCUCACUCUUUUUUGCAGUCCUGGGAGUAAAGCUCUUAGCAGAUUUGGACACAGGGCAGGGGAAGCACCCUCUUCCUUGCUCGACUGGAUUAUACUCCCAUGCUCUCCUAUCCCCCAUAUUUUCUCCUCCACUUCUGUGCCCUUUGCUGCAGCUACACUUCAGAUCAAAGCAGGAGAAAGAAUGUGCUGAGUGUUUUCCUCCCUUUGCCUUUACCCGGCCUUCAUCCCAACAGUCCAUAUGUCCAGCAAGGGGAGAGAGAGAGAAUUCUUUUCUAUAGAAGGAGUGCGGGUGGGGAGAGGCAUAUGAAGUCUCAGCCACAGCCCCGCUUGCUGGACUCGGUAUUUUCUCCCAUUCCUUUUUACUGCCCAGGCCUCCAGCCUUGGGAAAAAGAUUGGGAACAGCUCAUAGUCAGGGGACAGAGUGGAAGGAGCAGUGAUUUAAAUAGUAUUGGACAGAGCUUAUAAAAUUCUGUAUUUCAGACACAGCUGCAUUUUUUACCCUCAUCCUGGCUUAUACCUUCAAAACUGCUGUGGUCUGUGAGUGUUCGGUGUGGGAGUGUCUGUCUCUCCGUCUGAUACCUUAACUUUCCACCUUCACUACCCCUGCGAGCUCUGCCUGGCUUGCCCUGUCUGUGCCCUGGAGCAAAGCCAGUCCCUGAUCUAAAAUGCCAUUCCAGUCUUGGGAAGAAGAGUUUCUGCUCAGAACUGGGGAUAGGGUGGAAUUUAUGACUUGGGCCUCUGGGCUCUCUCAGUCCCCUUCUCUCUCCCACAUGCACCUCACUCCUCUGCCUUGGGUCUGCGAUCUCUGCUGCUUAACCCUGUCCUCCCUCUGCCUCAGCCUUACAUCCGGGCAGUAGGUCUGGGCGCCUCCCUUCCCUAGGUCGCUGAGAGAGGUGCCUUUCUUCAGAAGACCUUUGGGAUUUGGCUUUCCCCAGGAAGACGGAGGAUGGGACACCCACUGUUGGGUCAUCUCUCCCCUUGACCCAAAACUUCCCACAAAAAUGUCGCAAGAAACCUUCCUGAGACUUAGCAUCCUGUCCCCACCCACUAACUGCCAGUUCUCCAAGUGGGGCGGGUAACUGGGCAUCCUGGAGGGAGCAUUUUUGUGUAAGAGGUGUGCGGAGUCAGCAUGAUAGCCACCUUCAUAUACUGUUCUGCGCAAAGAGGAAUAAAACAUUUCUUUUUCCAAAAAAAAAAAAAAAA